GCAGAAAAAAACACCAAAGGAAGGAUGCAUAAGAGACAAAAAUGAAACAGAAAAAAAAAAAUCAAAGCACACAACUUAUUGGGAAUACGAUGUGGUAGUUGAAGUUGUGUAAAUUUCAAACCACCAAAACCACAGAAUCGCUAUCAGAAUUUAAUUUUAAUGAUGAAAAAAAAAAUCUUCCCUUUCUGGCACCAUCUCAAGCACUUAUAUAUAUUUGAUAAACUAUGAUCCAUAUUAUUCAUUUAUUAUUAUUAUUAUAGGAAUUUUGUAUUGCUCUUGAGGCUCAAAGAAAAAAUUCCCAGAGAAGAAAUCUAAAAGAGAAUAUAAUAUAAUGAAGUCAACGAAUCCUGAACCUGAAAAAUCAUCAUCACCAUCAUCAUCAUCAAAGGCAGAAACAUUAGAUUCGGUGAAAGAAAAAGAAGAAUCAACAACAACAGCUCAAAAUGGUGGUUCAUUAUUGAAGGAUAGCAGUGAUGCUGAGGUCACAAAAAUCACUCUCAUGAGAGCUUUUGUUGAAAGCAAAGAUCCGGCUUCUAAGGAUGUAGAUGAUUUAACACUUAGAAGGUUCUUGAGGGCACGUGAGUUGGAUGUGGAGAAAGCUUCUUACAUGUUCCUUAAGUACCUGAAAUGGAAACUCUCUUUUGUGCCAAAUGGAGUGUCUCCAUCAGAGAUUCCUGAGGAACUUGCACACAGGAAAUUGUUCUCUCAAGGCUUUGAUAAACAGGGUAGACCUAUAGUUCUUGCAUUUGCUGCCAAACAUUACCAAGGAAGUGAUGGUGGUGAUGGCUUCAAAAGGUUCGUAGCAUUUACCAUUGAUAAGUUAUGUUCAAGGAUGCCAGCGGGGCAAGAAAAGUUUUGUGCUAUAGCAGAUAUUAAGGGUUGGGGAUAUGCAAACAGUGACAUUCGUGGCUACCUUAAUGCUCUAACCAUUUUGCAGGAUUACAACCCAGAAAGAAUGGGGAAGCUCUUCAUUUUGCAUGCACCUUAUGUGUUUAUGAAAGUGUGGCAAAUUAUUUAUCCUUUUAUUGACAACAACACCAAAAAGAAGAUAGUAUUUGUGGACAACAAAAAGAUAACACGAACAUUGCUAGAAGAAAUAGAUGAGAGCCAGCUUCCAGAGAUUUAUGGUGGUAAAUUGCCAUUAGUCCCAAUCGAAAAUUGCUGAUUAAUUAAAUAAUCACACAUUCACAAUUCAAUUAAAUACAACAUAGAAUUUUCUAAUUAAAAAUUAUUAUUAAGUUCUAAG